AUGAUUGUCAAUGUAAGAUCUGACAAGCCCAACAAGAAGGGUGGAGUUUGUGCUCAACAUUCAGUAUCUUUUCAGUGGUGGAAGGAACCCUCCGGCGUUGGUGCAGUGUGUCUGGGGCUGCUGUGUGCACUCCUACUGGCUGGGAUCAUAAGUCUGUUAGUCUAUCAUAGAAAUCAAAUGACCAGUUACAACAACCUGGCUAAAGAGAGAAACCAGCUGCAGAAAAGCCCUAACAAUCUGACUGAAGAGCGAAACCAGCUAGAGACCAGCCACAACAACUUAAUUAAAGAGAGAAACCAGCUGCAGAAAAGGCCUAACAAUCUGACUGAAGAGCGAAACCAGCUAGAGACCAGCCACAACAACUUGAUUAAAGAGAGAAACCAGCUGCAGAAAAGGCCUAACAAUCUGACUGAAGAGCGAAACCAGCUAGAGACCAGCCACAACAACUUAAUUAAAGAGAGAAACCAGCUGCAGAAAAGGCCUAACAAUCUGACUGAAGAGCGAAACCAGCUAGAGACCAGCCACAACAACUUAAUUAAAGAGAGAAACCAGCUGCAGAAAAGGCCUAACAAUCUGACUGAAGAGCGAAACCAGCUAGAGACCAGCCACAACAACUUGAUUAAAGAGAGAGACCAGUUACAGAGUGAAACAGAAAGACUGAAAGAGUCUUUAAUGGUCAAAGGGUACUGUUCGCAAGAAUGGAUGAAGUUUGGCUUCAGCUCUUACUACCUCACCGCUCUGAAUGGAAACUGGGAGGAGAGCAGAUUGGACCAUUGCUUUUAG